AUGGAAGAUUACAGAUCCAAGUCGUACGCCGACGGACGCUCCUCCCAACUGGACCUCUACCACCACGGCCCGCCACCGCCCGCCGCCGCCGGAGGCGGAGGCGGAGCAGGGAUGCAAGAUCUCAGGUGCUACAGCGCCUCCUACGCGGCGUCCUCUGUGUACCCGGCUCAGGCCGGCGGUCAAUUCGAGACGAACAGGGACAAUCCCAAGUUGAAGAAGGGCAAGUCGGCGAACGGGUCGGUUUCCAAGACGUGGAGCUUCAACGACCCGGAGCUGCAGCGGAAGAAGCGGGUGGCUAGCUACAAGGUGUACACGGUGGAAGGCAAAGUGAAAGGCUCCUUCAAGAAGAGCUUCCGCUGGCUCAAGGAUCGCUACACCAGAGUCGUCCAUGGCUGGUGGUAG